AUGAAACGUGAAUUCGAAGAGUUCAGCAGUGAAGAAAACAAAGAGAGGAAUGAAAGUUUUAGCGAUGCGAAUUCCGAAGCGAGUGACGUAGAAAAUAAUCCAAACGAAGAAGUCAACACAGCAUUAGAUUAUUCAGAAAACGCUUUAACUUUAAACCCUGUAGCAGAUUUCAUAAAGAAGGAGUUCCUACCAGAUUUGGAUUUCACAAAUCCAUUUAGAAAUCAAAACCUAACGUUCAAAGAUGGUUUCCAAAAUCGAUCACCGUUUCUCUUACCCACUCAACUUUAUAAGAGCUUUCUCGCAACCCUCGGUAAAAGAAGACGCAACGUUGCUGAUUGUUAUUCUUUGUACUCAAGAAAUAUGUUGUUCUCUAAUGGAUUUAGUUUGGAUACAUCUGAUGAUGAGAACAAUCUGGACAGAAUUUCUAACUCUCCUGAUGAGAAGGCGGGCGCAUCAUCAGCGUUUGUGUGGAGCGGCGGGGGGGUCACCGGGGGAGGGGGGCAGGAGCAAGCGGCCUCGCAGCCCGCCGCCGUGCCAUCAGGUACAUCAGGCGGCGGCGGGGCGCAGGGCCUAGUUCACUGGAUGUCGGUUAUGGCGGAGCACAUGGGAGGGGGGCACCACGACCCCUCCCACUACGCGCUGCCACCCUGGAACAAUGGGGUAGUCGAUCAUUGCCAACAAAAAGAUGGUCUGGAUUACGCCGCGUGGUCUCGACCACGGGGCGCGAUGACCAUCAAGCAGGGCUACGAGGCCAAGAUGACUACGGGGGAUGGUGCAAUGGGCGGUCAUCAGAAGGCGGACGACCGUCUCAGUCACCACCAGUCUAUGAGCCAGAUGCUGUAUGGAUCCGGUUUAGGACCAGGUCGGUCGGGGUCAUCGUCAUCGUCACCAGUUGGGGGCACGAACACUGGCAGCGGUUUGUUAGUGGUGCCCCAGCCUCUGGGCAAGGGCCCCACGAAACUACAGCCUUUGCAUGCCCAUGCGAGGAAGUACCACUGCAAGAUGUGUCCACAGGUAUGA